UUCUCAGGUUUCGGAUGCUUCAUGGCGGACCACAUCUCCGACCCAAUGUCUUACGGAAUCUAUAUUGUCGAUAGGCGACACAAAAAUGCGGAGGAAUCGGUGCAACAGUUGGCUCAUUACAUGUUCGACUACACGAAGCUUAACAGGAGGCAAAGGAUUAUCCAGCGCAACAGGACCGAGCGUUUGUCUGACAUUUUGGAUUGGCGCAAUCUCGGCGUGUAUUAUCACAAUGCUCGCCGAUUGGCAUUGCAUCGCGUGUUCCCGGAUUUGAUUGGAGAGGAUGAUGAUGAUGACGCUCGAAGCAUUGGCAGAUUCAGCUACCCGCGUCCGAUUUCCGAACCGCCGUCUCCUUCGUCUUCCCGCGCCACUACUCCGCUUCCUGCGAGCGACUCUGAGGAUGAAAUCGAUGAAGAACGCGAGCGACCGACGGAGAAAGUGUUCAUCAGUCUCGAGGAGCCCGGUUGGGAUGACUCGGGAGUUUUGGCGCGAAGUCGAAUAGUGGCAAUGUUAACGUGGAUCAAAUGGAGAUAUUGUUGA